CAGUCUCUAUCGAUGUGUCUUUGUCGUUUCGUCCACCUCUAAUUAGCACCGAAGCCGAAUUUUUGCUUUCUGCCGUAACUUAGCAUUUUCCCGGAAUAUAUAGAUAUAUUCCAAGUAAAAACCACGCAUUACGCCGACGAUUAAUAUGGACCUGAGCCUUGACGAGAUCAUAGAGCGGAAGCGCGGCUAUGGCGGCCGUGCGGCGGACAAGAAGUUCAACCCAAGCUACACGAAGCAGCCCCGAAAGCUGCUCAACAGGACCACCUUCAAGCCCGGCCAGUCGGAUAAGCCGGCAGUGCGCUCCUUUGACGCCCGCAACAAGAUUAUCCAAAAGACGCGUGCCAAAAUAGGCGAUGCACGCGACAUUCUCAACCGGAACAUACGCGACUCUGGCAUCGAUGCUCGCCAGCUGCUGCAGGACCGCAAGAAGAAUCGCUCGCCGCUGUCUGGAGAGAUCAUUGAUGUGGAGGCCCUGUCGGAUCGUAUGCCACGUCUUGGCCGUAACGAUAGCCGGUCGAGAAGACUUCAGUUUGUGAGGCGCACCGCCAUGGAACGUUCGGCGGCGACAUGGGACGAAGAAGAUGAUGAGGCUGUCGGGCUAGGUGGUCACAAUCGCCCCUUCACUUCUAGACUGAACCAUUCGGCCAAGCCAUUUGCUCCGCACGGCUAUGUUGACCACGACAACAUGCAGGAUCUCGAAGAUGAGGAGAUAUCCCGCACCCUACACUUUGGCAACUAUACAAACCAGCCGCCACCGCCGCGGUAUACCUUUGGCGGCUUUGACAUGGACCAUGAUGACGACGUGGAGAUGUCCACGGCUCCGUUGAAGAACAACAUUGCCAACGAUCCGUUUGCCAUUUACGAGGUGGCCCGAAAUCGCAUCGAGCGUCCAUCGUUGCCGGCACCACUGAUCGUUGGACGCACAGACACGGGCGAAAAGCUUUUCGAGCGCCGUCAGCGGAAUAUGCUGACAACCACCAAUCUGUCGGACUCGAUGCGUGCUCGUCUCUUUGGCGCUGAGCCCGAUCGUCGCGUAUCACAUGGGAUUUAUGCCAAUGAAAAUAACAAGCAGGCAGGGUACGGAGGCGGCGGAGGAGGAGGUGGUGGUGUUGGUGUUGGCGGUACUGGUGGAACGUCACUGAUGUCCUCCCAAACAAUUUCCAUGCGUCGCCCGUCACCGCCACCGCCGCUUGGUGUGGCAAACAGUAAGGCCGGCUACCGGCUGCUGGUGAGCAAUCUCCAUGCCAAAGUGACCACAGCCGAUAUACGUGAGCUAUUUAGCGACAUUGGACCCAUGUAUGAUGCCCGUGUGGUGCGUCCUGGGACUGCUGAGGUUAUUUACAAGACGCUGGAGCAUGCCGAAAUGGCCGUUGAGGCUUACCACCAUCGAGAGUUUGAUGACCAGCCCAUGCACUGUGUCCUGGUCAAUCCGCACUCCUCCCAUCGCACGGCACGCUUGGCCAGCUCUCGGACUGUGACCACAAAUUCAUCCGGCGUGGAGGUGGACAUCGAUGCUUUACACUCGGUGCUUUUCCGAGACCGCUAAGCGAUUAGGCAAUUUUCCUGCUACAUCAGACAGCGUUGCAGCAUCCGUACUUUCCAACUCAACGCCUCAUCUCCUUUAGCUCUAAGACUCACCACACUUUGCGCUGUCGAAUCGCGUUGGUUCAGUAAAGUAGAAAAGUUGAAA